ACUUUUUCCACUUGAGGAAGUGUUGUUAUGGAUAAUGGAGUCAUAUUUUGCCCAGAAGCAACAGUUUAAAGUUAAAAUGCCUUGAUGGAUUUGUUUCUUUUAAACAUGCAGCUUUUACUUCACAUCUUGGAUGGCCUGAGGCCUUUGCGUUCCCAUGGGUACAAGCAGCGAGGAGCUCCACGGCUGAAGUUCCUCCUUUCAGAUGGGGUUCUUUGAUUGCUGAAGAGGAAUUUGGAUAACUAGAACACUGACCCCCCAAUGCAAACCCAUCCUGUAUGCUAUAAUGGUGUCUUUUUAAUUAGCUUUCAUGUGGUUUGCAUUAGUUGAUUGGUGAACGAACACUACGUCUGAUGUGAGGUUAGUUUUGGAACCAUUUUCUAAGCUGUCUUUGCUUUAUGGUGUGUAAACUGUGGCAUGUGCCUGGGAUUAGGACAUUUCAUCGAGGAUUUUAGCAGCACCCCGAUGGUUCUAUGCUCAGAAAGAGAACUUCAUGGCCUGAACUUGAAAAAGCACUUUGUUUGCUGGGACGUUUUCAGUUUGCAGCUGAAAGAUGUUCCAGUUCAUACGGAAACAGAUUCACAAUCACCUUGUGGAGCGGAAAAUUAGGAGAACUCGUUUUGUUACCAAGGACGGCCACUGCAACAUUAAAUUUGGGACUACUGAAUAUCACAACCAUUUUGCUUUCCUCAUGGACUUCUGGACUACAUUUGUUGAGAUCCACUGGUGUUUUGUAUUCGUUUUAUUUGCCGCCGCCUUCACGGGAAGCUGGUUCAUUUUUGGUUUGCUCUGGUAUUCGCUUGCAAAAAAUAACGGCGACUUAGAAACUCUACAGAACUCGUCUGAAUCCCAGCAGAUAAAAUGUUUAGAGAACAUUAACAGUCUCACGACCGCCUUCUUGUACUCUUUAGAGACCCAGACGACCAUUGGCUAUGGCGGCCGAGCUCUCACGGGUCACUGCCCGGGCACAGUCGCCCUUUUGAUCAUCCAGUCCCUCAUGGGUGCCAUCAUAAACUGCUUUAUGUGUGGACUCAUUUUAGCAAAGAUCUCUCUCCCCAAGAGAAGAGCAAAGACUGUAACCUUCAGCGAAACCGCAGUCAUUUGUCUUUGGAAAGGGAAUCUGUGCCUCCAGAUACGGGUAGCCAACCUACGAAAAACUCUUCUUAUUGGCAGCCACAUUUAUGGAAAGCUUCUCCGGACCACCCUCACUCCAGAGGGGGAGACCAUCAUACUGGAUCAGGUGAAUAUUGACUUUUUGGUGGAUGCUGGGAAGGACAACCUGUUCUUCGUUUGCCCACUUACCCUGUACCACGUGAUCGACAAAUCCAGUCCGUUUUCCGAAAUGGCUGCAGACACUCUUCAGCAGCAGGACUUUGAGUUGGUGGUCUUCCUGGAUGGGAUGGCUGAAUCCACCAGCCUGUCCUGCCAAGUACGAACUUCCUACCUUCCGCAGGAGAUCAAGUGGGGUUACAGCUUCCUGCCCGUCAUCUCUCGCACCAAAGGUGGGAAAUACCGUGUCGACCUGUCCAACUUUUCCAAAACGGAGCCUGCGGUGACCCCACACUGCGCUUGCUGUUUCCACAAUGAACAUAACAAGGAGCUCAUUCUCCACCAACAUGUACGUGAAGGAAUUGAUAAUCUGGGAUUUGAUGUUAUUGAGCUUCAAGACUCUGUUGAUGUAACUGAGAAGUGCGAUUAAACCGUUCGCUUCAGCAGAGACUGCAGUAAA